AUGGAAGGCUUUGCAGUAGAGUGGUUGGGAUAUCUAAAACCACUCAUAUCCCUAGUAGCUCCCGAGGAGAUACAAGAACAAAUAUAUUCAAGUAUUUUAGCAUAUAAACCAAAAGACUUCUUAUAUAAUGAACCUUGUAUGCAGAUUAAGCUUAUGACAUAUUCAGAUUUGACAUAUACUUCAUCUUCUUCAGCAACUCCAUCUAGGACUUCUCAACGAUCUAGUGGCUACCAGUCCUUAUCAAACUCUCCAAUAACUUUGUCAGGAAAUACUGUAAACUAUAAUGCUCGUGGAAUUGACGUAAUUCACUCUAAUUGGAUGAAUAAGGUACGGAAUGAAACACCAGCUUUAUAUAUAUUAUGCUUCAACUGGCAAAACUAUCCAAACCCGAGCGAUAGUAGCUCUAAAAGUUCUGAUAAUAGUAAUAUUAAGAAAUUGGAAAUGGAGGCAGUAAGUGUUAUAGAUUCACUAUCAUUUAUUCUUCGGAAACGUCACUCUCCUCCAUCAGUUUUAAUUUUUGUAGUUUUACCAAUAGGUAUACCAGAUCCCCAAUCUUGUGUAUCAUGCUUUCAUAAAAAUCAUUUCCCAGAAUUACAGGCAAUAUUCGUAACUUGUGGCCUAAGACACCAAAGACAGUUACAUUCAAGAAUAGAAAAAUUAGCAGAAAUGGCCUAUGAAUCAUCUCUAGCUUAUUACAAUGAGAAUGAAAGAAGAUGGAGGAAAUGUGCCAUAAAAGCUAAAACUGCAGCUUUGUCAAUAGGAUCAGAGGCUUCAAUCCACAAUUUAACGAAGAAGAGUUCAUCAGUAUCAUCUAAUUUAAGAUAUUCAACAUCUUCAUCUGUCUCAGCUAAUGUAUCACCUCGAAUGGGAAGAUCUUCGCUAAUAAGUGGCGGAAGUCAAGUACCAAAUUUUAACCAACUUCAUUCUAGAUUGCUGUUGAUUAGAUACUGCAUAAAAAGUGCUGUAAUGAAUGAAUUUUGUAGGAAUUAUAGCUUGGCUCUCAAACAAUACAUGAUUGUUUGGGACUCAAUAUUAUCUGAAUCAAAUUUUUCAACUUUUCAGUAUAUAAGUCUCUGUAAUCUCAUUAGCUUGAGGUUUUAUCAUAUUUAUGUAAUAAAUGGUGAUGUUAGGAGAGCAAUGGAUCAUUUAAAAGUACACUGCAAUAUAAUUCGGCGAUUUUCUUUAACACACAAGAAUUUGAGAUUCCUAACUUCACUAUGGUUAUCUUAUACAUUACAGAAAUUGGCUGUUAUAUUACUAUACAAUCUAGUUAAGAAGAGACCUCCUUCCAACAUUAAAUUUAAUUUUGCAGAUUACCUGGAAAAUUCUAUAAUUCCAUUUUCAAUUGCAAAUUUAUCUAGUACUGAGAAUCAGAAAGCUACUGAUAGAAAUCUUGAUGUAUUUAGCUCUACAUAUAAUUUAGGACGCCUUUUAUCUUCUAUUGCUAAAUCUUUUCAAAAUUUAACAGGUAAUACUACAUCUCAGAAGAUAUCUACUACUACUUCUAAUGGUGUUGUACCUAACAAUAAUGUCCCCACAAUGAAGAAUAUUGAAAACUUAAACACAACGGAAAACAAUUUACCUUCUAAUGAAUUUGACUUGGCAAACACUACAAAUAUACUUAUUAUAAUUGCGAAAUUGUACAAGGGAUCUGCUGAGCAUUGCCAUUAUGCAAGAAGUGCCUUGUUAAGUGUUUAUAGAGAAUUUGGUGGAGAUUUCUUUACUAUACCUGAAAUUGGGGGUCAAAUUUUAAAUCCAGUGUCACUAGGAUGUUUCCAAGAAUUGACUACUCCAGAAAUUUUUCUAGAUUUAUCUGGAAACAAGAUUUUUACUCUAAACAAUCUCAAUGAUUACAUUGGGAAACUAUGUAAACUAUGUGAUAUACCAACUGAAUUGGAUACAAAUAACAAUUACAAAAACUUAAUAUGUGAAUAUCUGGCUAUGUCUGAAAUUUGGAGACGCAAUAUUAUUUCCUUUAUGAAAUCUACCAGUUUGUUCUGUAGAACUAUUGCUCUAUUUUAUUUAUCAGCUAUUAUUUAUCGUCAUAUUUUGCCUUUAAGUAAUACUUUAAGAUCUUACAUACCAUCUAAAGCAAACGUUACUCAAAAUGGAACUAACCCUACUAAUAGGGCUUCCAACUAUGGAAUUAAUUCAACUUUACAACCUGCAAAUUUGAAUCAAUUCUAUAUGGAUAGAUGCCUCCAUUUAGUAGCAUUUUCUUUUGCCGAAUAUCUUUAUAAUGAAAAUUACAUUGAGUUAUGCUUCAGUAUAUAUGAAUCCUUACUACAUGCUUUAACACAUAGGCAUGUAUUUAUGGACUUGCCAAUAUUCAAUAUGAAUGAGAUCUGCAGGUAUCAAUGCAGUAAUACUUGGGAGUUUAUACCCCAUAAUUUGCUAAAUUUAAUAUCUAAGCUAUCUAGUGGGAAUAUUAUUAAGACAAAACCCACUUUUAUUUUGCUAUUACAUGUAUGUACUCGAAUUUUACAUUGUACUACUUUACAAAUAUUAUGUAUAGACUCUAAUGAAGAUAAGACACGGUUGAAACAAAUCCCUAAAUGCCUUAAAAAUCCACCAAAGAAUAUGGGUUUACUGAGCUUCAGUUUUCCAGAAUCUGAGAAACAUGAAGCAAAUAUCUUAAGUAGUGAAGAUUAUCAAUACAUGAGAUCUGUAGUAUUAAGUUUUUUAGCUGUAUUACGCCCUAAACGCAGUUGGACAUCUAAGAAAGGAGUAAAUAGUGAAAGUGGAAAUAAUAUAAGAAGUAACAAGACCCAAGCUACUCUAUAUUUAGCAUAUCUAAUUUUAGCUCUGGAAAUUGAGCAUUGUAAUCCUGAAGAUGAGCAUAUUAAGGAAGAUUUACAAGAACUUCUGCAAUGGGUCUUUGUUUUACAAACUUUUUCAAACGAAUAUUCUCCAGGAAAUAAUGUAAAUAAGAGCAUGUUAACUAAAAAUGAAGUUGAAGAUGAAGUAAAUUCUAAAAUUAAUGAUAAAUAUAGUAGAGAUCUUAAUAAACUAAUAACGAACUAUAAUAAUCAUACUGAAUCUAUAUUGGGAUCAAAUACAAUUAGAACUGAUUCAAUUUUUGUAAACUAUGGAGACUCAAUAUUAAUGACACAAUAUUUGUCAGGUUCACUCGCUACAAUUGAAUAUGGAAUUAAUGAGACAAAUAUAUCUUCAUUUAAUAUAAAGAUUUAUUGUUUACCAUCAUUUAUUAGAACUCAAAUAUUGAGUGACAAGAGUAAAGUUAUUAUUUACUUAAUAACAAAUUUAGGUCUUUUUGAAUUGGUUACUUCUGAUAUAUAUCAGAUUGAAUAUAGGGACUUAAAGUAUCAAGAUGCUAGCUCAAUAUUAUAUGAAUUUCAAGUUCAUUUCAGAGAAAAUAUAACUAUAGCUUUGAAGUGUAUAAUACCAUCAAAUUUAGGACGAGCUAAUACUAUUAACUGUACAGGUGAAGAUUAUUCGAAAAUUAAUUCCCUUAAAGAUCUUAAAAGUAUUAAUAGAAAUAUAAAUAAUUUUUCUGAGAUAAACAAUUCAUUAUUAUUUCGAUGUAACUACACUAAGGUUGAAAUAUUUGGAGUACUUCUGCAGAUAUUCUUGCCAAAUAUGAAGAAUUCUUCUCAUGGUAAUUCAGAUCUUAACAUAGCCCAAUUUGUACUACCAUGCAUGAAUAUGAAUAAAAGGUUAUAUAAUGUGAAUUACUUCAAAAAAGGAGGAAUAGAUGAUGUAGAAUCAUUGAAUUCACCUAUACUGAAACUAGAACUACAUAGUGAAUAUAGAGAAUUGAUUCCUGUACAUCAACGCUUUUGUAUUAUUUCACCUCCACUAUCUACAACAUCCUGUAUUGAAAAUUGGAUGAAAGCUGGAAAAACACUUAUAUAUAGUACACCUAAUUUGACCGUCGUCCCUGGUGGUUUUCUUGAUAACCUCAAUAAUAUAGUAAAUCCAAUACCCUUUCUAGCUAUCCCAAAUAUGAAUUUAUAUUCUCUACUAUCUUAUCCAAUAAAUUCUCUACCUACUAUAAUCAAAUUAAAUACAAGACACAUAUAUAGAGACGAAAGAAUUACCGAGUCAACUUUACCUAUCAGUGAUUAUAAAAUUAAGGCUUACAUUUUAUCUCCAUUUUCUAAUUUUACUACCUUAUUAACAGAAUGUAAUGAGAAUGAACAUAAAUUAGAAUGCUUUGAUUCAGUACAAAAUGAAAUUCGUCCUUUAUAUUUGAUACUCGAUUUACCUAAUAUGACGGAUGAUACAGACAUUGCAAUUACUUGGAUAAUCAAACACAAAGAUACAAACUAUAUGGUAAAUGGAGAUAAAUAUCAGAAAUUCUGUCAAAUAGGAUUUAUUGAGCCACCUAGAUUUCCAAUAGAUAAAUGGAAUAUUCAAAUGUUGAAUAUUAUAGAAGGGACUAACUCUAAUUUAUCAGAUAAUUCUUUAAAUCACUCAGUGGCUAGUUUUGAACAAAAAUUGUGUACACUAAAAAUUGGUAGUGGAAUUGUAAAUAGAGAAGUUUUUAGUAAUAAACAAGAUUCAGGAUUUACAAGUGUAAAGCAUUUGAUACAGAAUGAUGAUAAUGUAAGUCAAUGGCAUCAGAUACAUGCUGAAGAAUUUUAUCAAUUUACUGAUACUUGUUUUACAUUAUUAGAAACAGAAAGUACAACUAUAGACUCUAUACCAUAUAUGAAGCUUAUACAAACCUUUAAUUCAACAGAUAUUAUUGGGGAUAACGUAAUUGGCAAAUCGGAGGUUACAAAAUUAUGUGAUUCAUUUCUACUAAUACCAUUCUUUAUGCUAUUUAAUACAACGGGGAAAUUUGAACUCAAUGUAAAUAUUAAUUUAAUUCCUUCUAAUUUAUAUGAUAUUCAAUGUUAUCAGAUAUUUUGUAGUACUGCAGUAAGUAAAAGGUGGGAAGUGGGUUCUGUUGUAGAAAUAUCAACUUGGUUUCCGAAAUUAAAUUCAUUACAGGGAGGAACUAAUUAUGUAUACAGUGAAGGGGAUUGUGUCCAAAAUAUUAAUGAAACAUUUGAAAAUCCACUCCUGGCAAUUUCAAUUCGGAAUUUCUUUUUAACAGAGGAUAUUCUUAUAAAUAAUAUAUAUACCCCCGAUGAAUACUUAACAAUUCAAUGCAACUUCCCAUGUAAAUUGGAAUCUCAAGAAGAAAAUACUAUCUUGGUAUUUUCUAAAGAUAAUAUGGAGAAUAAACCAACGAAUUCAUUUAAAUCAGUCAAGUUGACAAUUAGUAUACUUUAUAUAUUAUCAUAUAAUAAUAUUCAGCUAUUUGAUCAGAAAUUUUUAAAAGAUAUACUCUUUCCAUUUCAAAAUAUGUUUAGAAUUGCUUUGGAUCAUGUUCAAUAUCCCUUAUAUAAUAGUCAAUUUCAUACUAAUAGCUCAGAUAUGGACUUAUACUUUAAAGCUCAAUCAUUUCCAAUAAAUAUUGAGUUAAAUAAAGUACUCAAUGAUUCCUUGAUAGAUAUAUCAAAAUUUAAUAAGAGAGAACCAUUGUUACUUUCAGUAUUUGCUGAUCAAAUUACUAAUGUGGGUAAACCUUUUCAUUACAAAGCGAUUAUUAAGAAUAUGACAUCAAUCUCACAGGAAGUCAGAUUUGGAUUGGUAUACCCACCUCAUCUAUCAUUCAAAUAUUUGGAUAAUAAUUCAAUAUCAAAUUUGGAUUUUCCAGCUCUUCCUUCUUGGCUACCACUACUUGUUAACGGUAUUAUAUGUGAUGAUAUAGUAUUACAUCCUAACUCAAAGAGAAUUUUAGAAUGGGUUUGUAUUGCAACUCAAGCAGGAACAGUACCAUUACCAUCUAUUUGUAUUCGCUCAAAAAAACCAUAUGGGACUUUUAUGAAUAAAAAGUCUUCUUCUGUAUUAUUAUAUACUUCAGAAAAACGUAUUACCGUACUUCCUAGAGAAAUACUUUAA